CGUUGAUUGACGCCAUUAUUGCAUUCGUGCAUCUGUCAAACUAAUGAAAGAUCCAAUAAAAUUUGAGCUUUUUAAAAUUAACAGGAAGUCGCCUUCUUUCAACAGACAACGGGUGAUAUCUAAUUUCGAUUUCUUGUGAUUAUUAUGGCUCAGAAUAUUAACCCGCAUUAUGCGUCGUCGUCGAAUCCAGCUAAACAAAAUGAGGACACUAUAAAAUUAAAAGACAAUCACGCCGUGAGCAAACGAUUGCAGAAAGAACUUAUGGAGUUGAUGCGAUGCGCAGACAAAGGGAUCUCUGCGUUUCCAGAAAGCGAAAACCUUUUUAAAUGGAUAGGUACUAUUAACGGGCCCGAAGACACUGUUUACGCGGGACACAAGUACAAGCUGUCCCUAGAGUUCCCCAACUCGUACCCCUACGCCCCGCCCGUCGUCAAGUUCGUGACGCCAUGCUUUCACCCCAACGUGGACACCUGUGGGUUAAUAUGUUUAGAUAUAUUGAAGGACAAGUGGACGGCUCUGUACGACGUCCGCAUGGUGCUCCUGUCCAUACAGAGCCUGCUGGCGGAACCAAACACACAAAGUCCUCUGAACCAGCAAGCCUCCUACCUAUGGCCCAACCAACCCGCCUACAAAAAGUAUUUAGAUGAAUUUUAUAGUAAACAUAGAGACUAAUAGUUUGUUAGAUUUAACUGUAUGAGUUAUGUUGAGUUGCGUUACUUGUGUUGUGAAUGUCUGAGUGUGAACAUGGAGGUCUUUUUGUUAUCCUUAUUUCUAAUGUCAACCAACCCAAAGCAAGCAAUUCCAUUUAAAUAAACACAUUGUAAUAGACUGAUGUUGAUAUUUAUUGUACUUCACUAAUUUUAUUAUUGUAUAAAAUUGUAAACUUUCUUGAUCUAUGCACUUGUCGCUUGCAGUCUUUCAACAAUUUCAACAAACAAAGAUGUUAAUAUGUUUAAUGAAAGAAACUGAUUAAUACAAUUAUUUAGUUCAAUUCCAAA